AGAAGUGAGAUGUGGUCUUUUGACUUAUCCAUGCACAGCACAUUAGAUUUCUUGUGGAAAAAGCACAAGUGAAACUGUCCUCACCUGACCCGAAUAAAAUUGGUUGUUUAAUGAAGUACAAAGCAGACAAUUGGGAUCGGCUGAGGUUUUUACCAAAGUUUUUUUCUUUUUAAACCAGGAACAAAGCGUUGUUAUUUGGUAUUAGGAAUGGCAAAGAGGAAAUAAGGCAAUUGAAAUGAGAUUAACUCGCAGCUGUUGUCCAGUCAUGGUUCCCUUUGAGGAGGUGUUGUUUCAGGUGAGAAAAGCUUUACAGGUUGACCCAAGCCUGCUGCACGAUCUUCUUCGAGAGCUCCACGAGGCCAACGUCUUCUCCACCCAGUAUUACCAGUCUCUCUAUAAGGACGGUGAAGUUGCUGAGGAGAGUUUGUGUGAAGUCCUCUGUACAGAUGAAGAUUUGGAUCGAAAACUGUCUUUAUUUGUCUGGCAAAACUGGGACGUUAGCCAAGAUAUCCUCCAUUCAACACUCAACAAACAGGAGGAUCUGGUUUCUACUGAUGCUGAAGCAAAUUAUAUUGACCCAGAUGCAACGUUAGAGCCUUUACCUGACAGUGUUCUUGGUGAAUAUCUUCAAUCCCUCUUGGAUGGAUCGAUUGAAGAAACUUUUGAUCCAACCUUCUUCGAAGAUCCCAAUUACUCAUGUGACACAGAUACAAACUGGAUACCUGAAAAAACAUCUAAAGUUCCCCGCCCGAAUAAACGACGAAGAAAAAGAAAAGCUCCAAGCAUAGAUCCACAGCAUAUACCCAGCAAACAAGCAAUAGUUGCCCCUGAAAGUCCCUCAAAUGAAUUGACGCCCAACAUCACAUCUGGGACUGAGGGUAGUUUCCAUUUGAGUCCAUACCAGCCUGUGUUGAGCUUUCCUGUCAGCUCCCCUAUUCUGCCCUCUAGUGGUGGUCCAGCAGUACAGUUCAUCCAGACCCUAAGCUCACUCACGUCACCUCUAAUUGGCAGUGUGGUUCAGACAGGACCCACAUAUGUGCUUGUUUCGCCCCAAAGCAUGAGUCCAGGCACUCAGAUAAUUCCUCUUUCACCUGCUGAUGGUACAGUUGCCCCACCAGAGCUCACUGGUUUUGUACUCCCAGUCGGCUCGUCCUCAGGCCUGACAUCAGUUUCUGUAGACACAAGCCCUAUUAAAGAAGGAAACCCACAAAAGAAUACAGAAUCCCCACCUCCCAAAUUAAAAAACAAAGUCCGUCCCAAAGCGCCAGAGUGUGUCAAAGACUACAUUCAUCGCUUAAAAUCACACCUGAGAGAUGUCUGCAGCACUAUGCGUGGGGGAAUGGGAAUGGAGUCACACUACGUGGAUGCACAUCUGGUUCAGAGGAAACUUCUUAUCAAAUCUGGGAAGAAUGCAAACAAGUGUUUGGAGAAAGAGCUGGUUGUCCUCAGCGAUUCAGAGCGAAAGAAAGCAAAGCUGGACACAAGUCAGUUGUUUCAUAACCUUGACACCAAACCAAAGCAAUCAUUCGCUUUCCUCGGAAAAGCCGGUAUGGGGAAAACCACAUUCAUUCAGCGGUUGUGCCUGGACUGGUCAAACAGCGGCCUGCCUCAAUUUCAGUUUGUUUUUCUCAUGAACUGUAAAAUUUUAGACUUCAAACAAUCCAACUACAGCUUAAAAAGUUUACUGUUCGACUUUUCUACAUCUCCUCACUGUGAGGACUCAGAUGCUGCUUUCAAACACAUUCUGUCCUGUCCUGAUGAAGUUCUCAUUAUCUUUGACAGCUUUGAUCAUAUAAAAGACCUUGAGGGGCUUCUUCAGUCCCCUUCUAAAUCACACACAGACACUAAAUACACCAUCAAGCAGCUGUUUUCAGGUUUGUUUCAAAAGGAAAUUCUCUCGGGCUGCACGCUUCUCAUCGCCACGAGGCCUAAAGACGUUUUAAAUCAGGUGCUGCGAAAAAUGGACUGCCUUUUGGAGGUUUGGGGCUUCUCUCCUGAAGAUAUUGAAUUGUAUACAUCCAAAUAUUUUGAGGAUGCUUCCCUCCAAGAGAGUGCACUAAAAAAGAUUAAGAAUCAAGCGUACAUGUUUAGCUUAUGCUCUAACCCGCUGCUUUGCUGGGCUACCUGCUUCCUGCUCAAGCAUCAAGAUGGUGAAGAUUUGCCUUCAACUCUCACAGACUUGUACCAAAGAGUGACCUCCAAACAUCUGGAAUUGGCUAGCAUUGGAAACAGCACAAAGAAGAAACAACUCGACACCCCACAGUUGUGUAAAAUGGCAUGGGAGGGCUUCAAGAAUCACAGUACACAAGUCACCCCUGUCAAAUCCACAGACCUGCUGGACUGUGCUCUUAAAAGUGGAAUACUUUUAACUUAUGAAAGAUCUGAGCAAGAGGAAAACCACUUUGCUGACCUUUUCACUCAGAACCUCCUGAGUGCUUUGCAUUUGGUGCAAUCCAAACAGGUCAAUGAUAAAACGGUGGUGGCAAAUACCAUGGUUCAGCACAAGAAGCGAAAGGUUCAGGGAGAAUUGCAGGACGUGCUGCAGAGGUUCAUCACCGGCUUAAUCUUCCAAAAGACAGCAAGUGGUGUCAGCAUAAUAGACAGCAGUGUGGAUUUAAAAGCCAAAAGGAAGGCGGUUGAAGCCCAUUUAGAGAGCAUGAAGCCCAAAGAUUUGGUUCCUGCCAGAUUACUUGAAUUGUUUCACUGUAUUUAUGAGACCUGCAGUGUCAAAUUUGCCCAAGGGCUAGUGAAGAACCUGCCCGACGAUCUGUCUUUCUGUGGGACGCAGCUUUCCCCAUCUGAUGUGUACGUCAUAUGCCAUAUCCUUCAACAUGCCAGCGCAAUGAAGCGGACCUUCACCAUUAACCUGCAGGACACGUGCAUUCCCAUCAGUGGCCUGAAAGAGCUUGUGGGUCUCAAGUGUAUCACAUCAUUCUGGGCGCAUGCAGAAGACACCAUCGACUUAUGGGAGGACUUGCAUCAAAACAACGAUGAACUGAACUUGAAAUGCGCAAUUGAGAAAUUCACAUUGAACCCAUUAAAGGCCACACAAGGGUAUCACAUAGAGAGCCUGCCUGUCCUCGUCCAGAUUCACAGAGAAAAGAAGCUGCCCACAAGUGAACUGGUACCUGCACUGGAUGAAGGCGUACCAGCUCUCCGGCAUCUUCAGAAACUGGAAUUUGGACUUGGAGUGCAGAAUGGUCCUGAACUUUUCCCUAAAGUCAUAGAAGUCCUACCCUCUCUGCAGUCUCUCCUAUGUUUGGACCUUGAUAAAAACCAUAUUGGAGACUCUGGAGCGGAGAAGCUGUCUGGCGUUUUACAUUUUUUGGAAUGUCUGAAACUGCUCAUUCUGUCUCAAAAUUUAAUUGGAGAUGCUGGAGUGGGAAAACUGGCUACAGCUCUGGCAUCAGUUCCUUCUCUACAGACACUCAGACUGUAUGGAAAUGCGAUUGCUGACAGUGGUGCUGAACAUCUGGCCUUGGCUUUACCAGAUAUGAAAUCACUCCAAGACCUUGAUGUUAAGUUCAACAAGUUCACUGAUGUUGGAGCUACAAAGCUCAGUGCUGCUCUGAAAAACUGCCCUGGAAUGAAGUCUUUGGAGCUGUGGAAUAACUGUAUACCCUAUGGAGUUUUUGAGCACCUCCAUCUUCAAGAUUCCCGGAUAAAAUCACUUUAACACAUAUUAAAAUGGUUACACUGUUACAAGCAGGGUGUUUAAUAACCAUACACUUCAAAAGUUCCUCAACGUCUGACGACAAGGACACUAAACUGCUUCAAAAGCUGUUUCACUUUUAUUUUUGAACUUACUUUAUGUGACUGAUAUAAUGACUGACUUUUGCACUUUCUCACAUUGUUGUGGAUGGAUACUGUUUCUCAGCACUUUACUGUUGCUUUAUAAUUGUAGAUAUGUUUUUUUAUGUACAUAUUUUUUUUUUACAAUAAACAAGUUCUAUGAUUCUG